AGGGCAUAUACUAUAGAAAAUUGAAAAAAAAAUGGCAAGAGAUGUAAGGCAAGUGGUGGCUGGUUUACUAACAGGUUCAAUGCUUAUAAUGCUUUGCAAUAUGGUUAAAAGAGAUCAUUUUGAUCCUAUUUAUGUGGAAAAUCUUUCAGUGCAAUAUGAUUUGGUAAAAGUUUCAAAGCAAAGUCUUGUUAAACUCUCAGACAGUACAAGUGGAGGGAUUUGGAGGGAAAACUUUUCCCUUAAACCUUGUUGGAGGAAGCCAUUAUCAACAACAAAUGAAGAACAGGCAAAAGGCUACAUCUUUUUUAAUCUAACAGACAACCCUGAAGAUCAUACUAUACAGAUUGCUAAUGCAGUGGUUGUGGCCAAAUAUGUUGGAGCAACUCUAGUCCUUCCUGAAAUAAGAGGAACCCAAACAGGGCACAAGAGGCAAUUUGGUGAUAUUUAUGACAUAGAGAGAUUCAUGACAAGUUUAGAUGGUACAAUUCAAGUAGUGAAAGAUCCACCAAUGGAAGCAUCAAAAGUGAACAUCACAAACAUAAAGGUGCCUUUCAUGGUGACCAAAGACUUCAUUGAAUCCAAAAUUCAGCCAAUAUUCAAAGCCAAAGGAAACUUAAUGCUUACACCAAACUUGUCACCUUCAACUAUGUCAAAAGCCAAAGAGAUCAUAAAAAAAGACAAUAUAAAGAUGGACCCUUAUGCAUGCUUAGCUAUAUUUGGGAGUCUUGAAUUGCAACAAGAGUUAAAUCAAUUGGUUAGCUCAAUGAUUGGGACAUUAAGAAGUUUGAGCUAUAAAACAAAUGGACAAUUUGUUGCUGUGGACUUAAAGGUUGAAGGUUUGGGAAAUUUGUGCAAAGGGAAUGUGAUUAAAACUAAGGAUUGUUUUAAUGCCAAAGGCAUUGGUGAGUUCUUGAAGAAGAUUGGUUAUCAAAGGCACACUACUAUUUACUUGACUCAAAGUGGAUGGCAUGGCAGUCUUGAUGAUUUCAGAAAGAUCUUCCCCAACACAUUCACCAAGGAUGCAAUAAUUCCAGCAUAUGAGAAGGCUAAGUACCAAAUCACAAAAAGUUCUGAUUUUGAGAAAGUUAUUGACUUCCAAAUAUGCACACAAGCUGAUGUAUUUGUACCAACAAUCUCCAAUCUAUUCUACACUAAUGUUGUAGCAAAGAGAAUUGCCUCUGGAAAGACAGAGGUACUUGAUCCAACACAAAAGGAUUCUACUUCAUCUUCUAUUGUCAACUAUGUCUCUCCAUACAUAUCCAAGAAAUCACACUGGGCUUAUUCAUGCUUUUGUUGAUCAUCAUCAAUCAUAUAUAAGUGUAAGCAAAUUGUGUCUACUUUUAUUUUAAAGUCAACAUGUG